GGCGACGCCUUUGGUAGUGGCCCCGCCGGCGGCUGGAGGUUGGAGAGAAAUCCCGGGACUCAGUGGAUGUCCUCUCUGCCGCCAUGGGGGAGCUUUUCCGGAGUGAGGAGAUGACGCUGGCCCAGCUUUUCCUACAGUCAGAAGCUGCUUACUGUUGUGUCAGCGAAUUAGGAGAACUCGGAAAGGUUCAGUUUCGUGAUUUAAAUCCAGAUGUGAAUGUUUUCCAGCGGAAAUUUGUGAAUGAAGUUAGAAGAUGUGAAGAAAUGGAUCGAAAGCUUCGAUUUGUUGAGAAAGAGAUAAGAAAAGCUAAUAUCCCAAUUAUGGACACUGGCGAAAAUCCAGAGGUGCCCUUCCCCCGGGACAUGAUUGACUUAGAGGCUAAUUUUGAGAAGAUUGAAAAUGAACUGAAGGAAAUCAACACCAACCAGGAAGCUCUGAAGAGAAACUUCCUGGAACUGACUGAAUUAAAAUUUAUACUUCGCAAAACUCAGCAGUUUUUCGAUGAGGCUGAAUUGCAUCAUCAGCAGAUGGCGGAUCCAGACCUGUUGGAAGAGUCCUCAUCCCUCUUGGAGCCAAGUGAGAUAGGAAGAGGCACACCUUUAAGACUCGGCUUCGUGGCUGGUGUGAUUAACCGGGAGCGCAUCCCUACUUUUGAGCGCAUGCUUUGGCGGGUGUGCCGGGGGAAUGUGUUCCUGCGACAGGCUGAAAUCGAGAACCCCCUGGAGGAUCCUGUGACUGGCGACUACGUGCACAAGUCUGUGUUCAUCAUUUUCUUCCAAGGUGAUCAGCUGAAAAACAGGGUCAAGAAAAUCUGCGAAGGGUUCCGGGCCUCUCUCUAUCCCUGCCCUGAGACACCCCAGGAGAGGAAGGAAAUGGCUUCUGGAGUUAACACCAGGAUUGAGGAUCUCCAAAUGGUUUUGAAUCAAACGGAGGAUCACCGCCAGAGGGUUCUGCAGGCAGCUGCUAAGAACAUCCGUGUCUGGUUCAUCAAAGUGCGGAAGAUGAAGGCCAUCUACCACACCCUGAACCUGUGCAACAUAGACGUGACCCAGAAGUGUCUGAUUGCAGAGGUCUGGUGCCCUGUCACUGAACUUGACUCCAUCCAGUUUGCACUCAGAAGGGGCACGGAGCACAGUGGGUCCACCGUGCCCUCCAUUUUGAACAGGAUGCAGACAAACCAGACUCCCCCAACCUAUAACAAAACGAACAAGUUCACAUAUGGCUUUCAGAACAUAGUAGAUGCUUAUGGAAUUGGAACUUACCGAGAGAUAAAUCCAGCUCCAUAUACCAUCAUCACUUUCCCUUUCCUAUUUGCUGUGAUGUUUGGGGACUUUGGCCAUGGCAUUUUGAUGACCCUGUUUGCUGUAUGGAUGGUGUUAAGGGAGAGCCGGAUCCUCUCCCAGAAGAAUGAGAAUGAGAUGUUUAGCACUGUGUUCAGCGGACGGUACAUUAUUCUGUUGAUGGGUGUGUUCUCCAUCUACACUGGCCUCAUCUACAACGAUUGCUUUUCCAAGUCUCUCAAUAUCUUUGGAUCGUCCUGGAGCGUACGGCCAAUGUUCAUAUCUAAUUGGACAGAGGAGACGCUUCGGGGGAACCCUGUGCUCCAGUUGGACCCAGCUGUCCCUGGAGUUUUUGGUGGACCAUACCCUUUUGGCAUCGAUCCAAUUUGGAACAUUGCUACUAAUAAACUGACCUUCCUCAACUCCUUCAAGAUGAAGAUGUCCGUUAUCCUUGGUAUCAUCCACAUGAUGUUUGGAGUAGGUCUGAGCCUUUUCAACCACAUCUAUUUCAAGAAGCCCCUGAAUAUCUACUUCGGGUUUAUUCCUGAAAUAAUCUUCAUGACCUCUUUGUUUGGCUACUUGGUUAUCCUUAUUUUUUACAAGUGGACGGCUUAUGACGCUUUUACAUCUGAGAAAGCACCAAGCCUUCUGAUCCAUUUCAUAAACAUGUUCGUCUUUAACUACGAGGACAUUCAUAAUUCAAUGCUAUAUUCUGGGCAGAAAGGAGUUCAGUGUUUCCUAGUUGUGGUCGCAUUGCUGUGUGUACCAUGGAUGCUCCUGUUUAAACCUCUGGUCCUUCGCCAUCAGUAUUUGAGGAGGAAGCAUUUGGAAGGGCAACCUGUGGAGGCCCCAGUCAGCCCAACCCCGAGCCAACAGGGACUAGAGGCAGCAGCGGCUGCAACAGUGAGUGAAUUUAAACCCACAAACCAUCACAUUUUGUGUAAAGAGGUGGCAAACAGUGCAGCAGAAUUCUUGUUAACUAUAUUGAGAGCGGGGGACAUGUGUGCUCUUGUUACUCACUGAGAUGAUAGAAAAGAGUUCCACCUCUUAUGAGUAGAUUCUGAUAUCAUCUUUACCCCUGGUCUACUACGUUUCUAUUCAGAUAUGUAAGUACAGUCAUGGUUAUGGAAGCAGAGUGGCUGUUGUACCCUCGCCGGGUCCCAUCGUCUUAAUCCAAGAUGGUGCUCUUGGACCCAUUCACUUUCAUGUCUGUAUUUUGUGACCAUGUAUUGGGUGAUUUUUCAAGAACAUCUCUGUGAUUCUUGAUUUCCCGACACUUAAAGGUCUGCUUCCAAAGAUGCUUGGACAUUUGGCCCAUUUUAGCUGUGACUUAGUCUCCUUCCAUUGGAAGCUUAUACAUGUCUACCCUCACGUCCUCAGCUGCUCCAGUGAGAACUCUGCCUGGCCGUGUGUCUUGUGUGUCUUGUACAUCCGGGGGAAUAACCAGAGUCAUCUCUGUUUUGAUCUUUCCUUCUUCCAAUACUAGCUUGUAAUUCAGUGUCAGCAAUUUGAAUGUUAAGCAUUUCAAUAUCUGCCUUAAAAACAUCACUUAACCAAAAUCUUACAAUGCCCUAAUAUUAAACUAGUACAGUCUAUUCUAUGUAAUGAAUCUGUCGGAUUUUUAAGUCUCACCAGUAGUGAUCACUCAUGUACUGUUGUGUUCUAGUAGCAUCGUACUCCUUUAAAAGAAAAUGAAAUAUUUAGAUGGAUAACCAUUUCCUUCAUUAGGUGUUUCUGAUCACUUUAAACUUUGAAAACUAUGAUCAUCCUUUAGAACUAGUCUAAGAGGGCUGAUAUUUUGAAUAAGAAGAUAUUUUAAUAUUGCUACUUAAAUUAUUAUCAAGUAGGAACUUUCUCUUUUCCUAUAAGAAAAAAAAUAUUAAAAACCCUUAGAAUACAGACUAUCCAUGUAUUUACAUUCUUUCUGUGGACUCUCUUUCUGCUAGUCUUAAUGUUUUUAAGGUGUGCUUCUGAUGCAUAAUCUUGAUGCUUUUAAAUCUGGCAUCCUCUUCUUUCAUACUAUGCAAGUUAAAAGUCCCCAGUCUAGAAACCCCCACAUUCAUAGGGUCUUCUUAGCCCACUGGUUUUUUUAGCCAAACAUCUGGAGACCAGCCUAAAGGCAUCAGGAUGAUAACUCUCUCUGACAAGGACUCUAGAUUCUUGACCCCAUGGGCUGAGGAUAUGACACGGAUCUGUUUUUGUUCUGUUCUGUGUCCUCUUGGCUGUCUGUAAGCCUGUGUCACAGUUUAGUUGUGUGUUUUUUUUUUUUCUGCUGGUGUGUUUGUGUCUCAUCCCCUUUCCUAAAACUCUCAUACCCUGUGUUCUGAAAGGACAGUCGCUAGUGUCUAGCUAGGAGGCUUAACCUGUCUGCCCCUCACUCUGUCCUCUAGUGGGGGGAAGCUUCAGAACUGGCCUUCUGCUUUAGUGCCUUGAAGCCUGCCUCCUGUACCCUAGAACCCAUCCCAGGAGUCCUCUCCUGUCACCCAUGCCCUUCGUUGCCCUUUCAGUUCAUCUUUUGAGGGUUGUCAGGUUAAUACUUGUGUGACCUGGAGGUGCCCAGGGCCUCAGUGGUUCCUGAAUCUGACUUCAUAUCAGAAUCACCUGGUAAACUUGACAUCUGUUUUUUAGGGUAUUAAAACAGUUAAGUGGAAGAAAAAAUAAAAAUGGUCUAUAAUCCUAUGACCCAGAGAAUCCCCUACUGACAUUAAAAAAUACAAUUAAAGCAAUAGGUGACCUUGGUUAGAAAAUGCAAAUAAGGGAACAUUUGAGAUCUUAUUCCCCAGCAUAUGUUGUCAGUUUGGCUCCAAUAAAAAUUUGGAGGUGGGGAAGAAAAUGCAAAUAAUACUGAAAGCGAAAGCCUGCCUGUCCCCAGAACCCUUCUCCUCCUUAAGGGUAUUAUUAAACAGCAUUUUACCUCCAAAUUUUUUUCUGUGUAUGUCAGCAUAUAUCUAUUAUCUUCUGAGAUAAGUGCAUAUGUGGAUGUACAUAAAUUUUUGAGACACAUCAGAAUUGUGUUUAAACUGUAGCACUGUUUUGUCCCUUGAUUUAUUAAGUUAUUAAAAAUUUAGUGUAUCUUGGA